CUGGGACUGUGAGUCAGGAGAUCUCCAAGCAUCGUUCCGAAACUCUCUGGAAACUUUGGGAUUCAGGAGUCGAAGCUGUUUGGACUUUGUCACUCAGAUUUUCAACAGAGACGGGUGUUUUUUUUCUUCUUCUUUUCUGCUUGUUUGAAACAGAACUGAAGAGGAGAAUCAUGAAAAUGCCUUUGGCACAUCGCUUCUUGGCUGCGUAUCUCACACUGUUUGGAUACUUUGGAGACGUUUGCGCGGGCGCAGUUCUGAUGAACUCCAACGCGAUCAAAAACCUACCCGGUGAUUCGACUGGCAAGGCCGCCGACUCUGUCAGUCCAAGUCCGCGCACCUCGCCCUCAGGCAGUGUGGGGCAUAAAUUACACGUGGACACCGUGCAGUCAGGUGUUUGCUCGGAGGAUGAAGACUGCGGUGCUGAUGAAUUCUGCAACGACGCCCGAAGUGUCUGUCUGCCCUGCCGUAAAAACCGAAAGCGCUGCGUAAAGGACUCCAUGUGUUGCGCAGGAAGCCGCUGCAGCAACGGUGUUUGCCAAACGAACGACAUGUAUGCCACAGAUGCAUCAACCAUCUCUGGCUGGCAUAAGCACAACAACACCAUGGAGCAUCAAGCCAAGAGGCCUCACACUGUCCAAGACUAUCAGCCCACUGCAGUCAAAGGUCAGGAGGGCGACACGUGCCUGAGAUCGUCGGACUGCUCCGAGGGUCUGUGCUGUGCCAGGCACUUCUGGUCCCGCAUCUGUAAGCCGGUGCUGACGGAGGGCCAGGUGUGCACGCGCCACCGCAGGAAAGGCACCCACGGCUUGGAGCUGUUCCAGCGCUGCGACUGCGGCGAGGGUCUCGCCUGCCGCCCAGAGAAAGGGGAGCGCGAGCACGGGGUCAGCAGGACUGCAGCCCGGAACCUACACACCUGUCAGAGACGCUGAUACGGCCGCACGGAUACACUACCAGAGAUCCACAUCAAUAACCCCCCCCCGAAAGACACUGACAAACACCCAGCAGUCUUGCUCACACCAAAGAUGCUGACACACAUGCACGCACACACACACACACACACAUGCUCAGAGACACCCAACACCUAGGACAUUCUUUCCUGCCGAAGUUGCUGACAUGAAUGCACCACCCUGAAGGAUAGACAAGAAUCCUGGAAAAUGAUACACCCAGAGGGAUGAGACGGUGUGAAAUGAGCUGAUCCACUUCUCCAUCAACUGAUGAAGAGUCUGCAGCCACUGAGGGACAUCUCUGAAGGGUUUGAUUAAUGUCAGUAGUGGCAGAGCUGUUUUGUUUCUCUUUUUAUGGAACUUGGAGCCACUGGUAUUGCAGUAAAUUACUGUCGUGUAAAUAAUGUCCUGCAAGUGGCACUUAUUUGUCCUAUUGAAUUAUGUCAACACUAGUAUUAUUAAAACAUGAUGCUGCAUGUUUUGUAAAUAUGUUAUAUAUACAUAUAUAUACUUAUGUGUGUAUAUAUAUAUGUAUAUAUAUAUGUGUGUAUAUAUAUAUAUUGUUUUAUAAGAAA